AUGUCUCUGAUUGCACCAGAAGCUAAAUCUUCUUCCCAAGAUGCGAGUAGCCAAAUCCGCCGAGCAUACAAGGUCGCCCUCGACGCUGCUCGCCGGAUCAAGGCCGGAAAUGACAAGACCGACAUUUUCACCGUUUCGCAAAAGCAGAUGCGCCAAAAGCUUCGCGACAACAUGCGAAGAUGUAUACUUGCAUCUCCGGAAGAAUACGGCCCCAUGAAAUUGGAAGAGACGGCCUGGAAGUACACCGUUCAUGGAGUCGUUCAAAGGCUCAAGAGAGACUACAAAGGCUCCAAGUCAGAAGCGACUCAACUCAAUAUGCGAAUGUUUUUGGACUGUUCGUACGGAUGGUACAAGAGUUUCAUGUUUCAAUUGCUGGACAAGCUGAAUGAAAAUGGAGGAGCGGAGAACAUUUAUUUCGAUUGGUGGAGUGCCGACAACUACGAUGACGACGACAAGAAAGUCGACGAAAAUGAGGACCAAACUGCUGACAAAAACAAAGUGAAUACAAUUCUGCUUAAUUUAUGUUAUAAGUGUCUUAUGUAUCUUGGUGAUAUUUGCCGUUACGCUUGUGACCUGCUUCCUGGGAUUUAUAGUUCAAAAUUGCCUUACAGAUAUUACAUGCAAGCCCUGCAUCUGUUCCCAAAUCUGGGAAUGCCCUGGAAUCAAGUGGGAACCCUCAUGUCCAACAAAUAUCACGGUGUCUUUUCUCUAUUUUUCUAUCGCCGCUGCCUUCAAUCCGAGAACCCGUAUUCUGAUUCCUUCCAAAAUCUGAAGCGAAUGACCGACCGCGCUAAAAAGAGCUACCAAAUGUACCCGAGAAAUCAAAUGGACAAUCUAUCACUAGAUGCGUCAACGAGUGAGCGAAAACAAGCUGUUUACUGGUUUUGCAUCGUCUUCCUUCAUCUCAACGGAAUGUUCCAUCCCGCUACUUACUGUACCGAGCGCGAGCUCAAUACAGGCUGCCGUCGAAUGCUCGACCUUCUCGAUCUCUGUAUGUACUUCGAUCCUGCCGAUUCUGACGGAGAAGCUGAUCUUGACCCGAACGCAGACAACAAACCAGGCUUUAUCAAAAGAGCAGCAGUAAAUAUCGAAGGCCCUGAUAGCUUGCAAUCGAACUUUUUGGUGGUUGUUUUUGCGACGCUGAUUCAAAAUUUUGACGACCUGAGGAAACAAAAAUCGAAUCGACUCAAAGCUGCGAAUGCUCUGUUCGUCGCUGCAGCUGAUCACGUCGUCAAUCACGCGAUUCAGCAAAUUCUUGAGUGCGUUCGUCUUGAGCCUGUCACUGCAUCGCGCUCUUCCGCAUGUGCUACUCCUGAUUUCCCGGAUGGACCUGACUUUGGCGACUCUGACAAUGACGCCGCUCUAGAAGAAGAGCCUCCUCCAGAACCUGUGGUAAACCGGCCAAAAAAGCCGGUUUCUAAAAGAGUAUCGCCACCAAAAUCGGCUAUGUCGAGAUUUCGCCGUGGAGGACUAGAAGCGGAUCUAUCCGAAGGUGAAUCAGACCUAUCAGAAGUCUCUGAAGAGGAAGAAGACGAGAUUUGUUAUUCAACUGAUUCCGCGGACGACUCGACUUUUUCGCAAGAAAUGGACUCUGACGACGAGCCAAGACCAACCCAAACUGCGCCACUGUUUGCUAGUAGCUCUAGGAAUACGAAUAACAACACAAAUGGACCAAAAGAUGGGCCAGAAACAAUCAUGGAGGAAGAAGAGUCGGAAUCGGCGGAGGCACAAUCUUCUGCAAGCAUUUCUCGGGCUGAUGCGCCAAGAAAAUUGGCUUGCAGCUUCGGGAUUAAAAUCAAUGGAGGUGGCGACACUAGUGGGAACGAUGAACGAAAGAGUGAUUCGGAAGAUAGUAACUCCGAGGAUGACGCAAAUGACGACGAAAUGAUCUUUGAGUUUGAUGAUGGGGUGGAAAAUGAGACUCAUGAAGUAGCGGAAGAGAAAGAAGACCUGAGUGAGACAGAGGAAAACAUCGAGGAUCAGGACGAAGAAGCGGAAGUUGAAACUCUCGACUACGCCCUCAUCGUUGAGCUUUUCAAUAAGUUUCACGGUCUUUCAUCGCUCAAGAUAAUUUGCGACUGGCUUCUUGGGAAUGGCGACAUUAUUGAAGAAUGUGAAGGUUCUCCUCUUUGGUCGAGGCUUGUCAAGCUUUUCAACUCCUUCGACCUUGAACUGCUUCUUGAGGAGAAGAAGAAUGUGAGUGAGACUGCCCUAAAAAUAGCCACUGGCGAUGAGACCUGGAUUCAACCAUUUUCACUUUGGGAAGAUAGAUUUCUCAACGGGAUUCCAAUAAUGUCUGAUUGCCACGAACACGUCGAUUUUAAAACGAAUCCGAAGCUGUCUCACUGGGAAGAAAAUCUACUCAGAUUUUGUUCGAUAAAGAAAUUGCUCAAGAGCUGCGUAGAAAAGUACCCGAAAACGGGGGUGACUUUAGGCGAGGAUGGCCAGUUCGCUGGAAAAGAGGUGAAAGAGGUUGAUGACGAGUUCAACAUCAAGGGAACGUUCUAUGGCGAGAGAGCUGGUUUAGAUCAGAAGAUGCCAGGGACUUAUGUUAUUCCAACUCCAGCAGCUUUAUGCGGUGGCAUUGAUAGUAUCAAAAAGAUAAACCGAAACGAUGAUGUCCACAUGAUUAUCACGAACAUAAUUAUUGAUGGUCUCGACAUGAUGAAGAAAGACUCGAAGGAAGCGCGUGAGGUAACAAGAUGGUUAGACAUCGCCUUCAGUCGAUGCGAAGGAAACUUGAAGAGCAUCCAACAACACGAGCAAAAGAAUCUUCAACGACUUCGUCGAUUUGACUUCACUGGAUGGCUGCUACAUCACCUUGUGAAUCAAGGAAUACGAUUACAACGGCAACGAAAACAUGUGGUGCUACUAAUUGAUUCUGCUAACUCACAGACAACGCCGGAAGUGAAGAAAGCACUUCAAAUGGCAUCAGCGAACAAUCUGCAAAUCCAAACCGUAGAAGAAUUCGUUCGGUUUCUCGAUAGAAAUGAUUGA